GAAGAAUCCCUAGAUUGUUAAAGACCAUACUAAACCAAUAUCUGCCUACAAACGCCCACCAGCUGGUGUCUGGAAAACUGCACAUUAUCCUCACCCGAGUGCAUGACUGGAGAAGUGUGACGGUUUCAGAGUUUGCCUCGAGGGAGGACCUCAUUCAGGCCAUACUCUGCAGCUGCUACAUCCCGCUGUAUUUUGGACUUCUGCCUCUUAAGUACCGUGGCGUGCGUUACGUUGAUGGGGAACUCGGCAUGUGGCGGGCCAACUUCGUGUCCCGGAGCACCAUCACCGUGUCUGCUUUCGCCGGCGAAUACGACAUCUGUCCCAAAGACACCUCAGCUGCCUUUCUCACUUUCCAACUCUCUGAUAGUAUUUUACAGUUAUCAAAAAGAAACAUCUGCCGCUUGCUUUAUAUCUUCCAGCUUCCUGCACGUGAAGUUCUGGAGCAGUUUCGUAUCAGUGGCUACGAGGACACAGUUGUCUUCAUCAAGAGACUGAGUAAGUGA